GGCUUGUUGAGGGAUUCACUUCGCCUCUUUCCGUUCUCCUCCCUCCUCCACCGGGACUCUUCGUCUACGUCUUCCUCGCGUCGGUCUUGUCUCACCACACCCGCCCCGUGCUACUACCAUUACGCUACCACUACCAUCGAGUCCCGACCCGACCUCUCCGUCCCUCUCUCUCUCUCUCCUCAACCUCAACCUCCACUUCCUCCUCCUCCUCCCCCUUUUCUGUCCAUCUUUCUUCUCAUCCUCUUCCGACAGAAGUUGAGCUGUGCUCCCUCGGUCAGCCACCAUGUCCUCUCCGCCGUCAUCAGGCAAACGCAAGCGCAGCGGUUCCCAACUUCUCUCCGCCGAUGCCGCCGUGCCGUCCCCGGCCGAACUCCUGCAGCCCUCCUCUCGCGACGCGUCCGGCGAGGAAGGCGACGAGUCCACGGGCUCAGCCAUCCCGGGGCCCACCAAACACAAGAAACAAGCGUCCCUGGACGUGACCUCGGGCAAUGAGGAUCCGGGCGAGCCGUCCGAGACCACUUUGGCCAGCAGUGACAUUGAGAGCCGGAGCAAGAGCCGGCCGGGCUUGCAGGUGGACACGUCGGAGCGGCAGCGGCUGUUGAAGCCGCCAGAGCGCGCGGGCCUACAGGACCCCGUGGGCUAUCACACCAACCCUCCCCCGACGGGACGGCCGGUGCGGGUGUAUGCCGAUGGAGUGUUUGAUUUGUUUCACUUGGGACACCAGCGACAACUAGAACAGGCCAAGCGGGCGUUCCCCGACGUGUAUCUGAUUGUCGGCGUGACGGGGGACGACGAGACGCACAAGCGCAAGGGUCUGACGGUGCUGAGCGGUGCCGAGCGGGCUGAGAGUCUUCGCCAUUGCAAGUGGGUUGACGAAGUGAUCCCCGACUGUCCGUGGAUCGUGACUCCGGAGUUCAUCGACGACCACCAGAUCGACUACGUGGCACAUGACGACCUGCCCUACGGCGCGGAUGAGGGCGACGAUAUCUAUGCCCCGAUCAAGGCCCAGGGCAAGUUCCUGGUCACGCAGCGGACGGAAGGAGUGAGCACGACGGGGAUCAUCACCAGGAUUGUCCGCGACUACGACCGCUACAUCUCCCGGCAAUUCAAGCGGGGAGCGUCGAGACAGGAACUGAACGUGUCAUGGAUCAAGAAGAACGAGCUGGAGGUCAAGCGCCACGUGACGGAGCUCCGGGACAGCAUUCGGAACAACUGGACCACGACCGGACAGGAGUUGGGGCGUGAGCUGCGGCAGUUCUGGCAGAACAGCCGGCCGAACAGCCCGCUGUCGAGCGCGCGAAACAGCGUGGACCUGGGCAGCACACGGAGCGGCGCGCUGGGACGUCCCGAGAGCGUGAUUGGAAACGGCCGGAACGAGCCGGAUUUCGCGACGGGAUACAGCUUGGGGCUGAUUGGCGGCGUUCGCGCAUGGGUGAGUUUUCUCCGCGCGAGCAUGAUGGAGCCGAAGACUAACGAGGGCACAGAUGCGCAGUCGUCGAUCCCUGGUGGGGAGUCGAGCGCCGUCGCCCACGAGCGAGGAAGACCACGA